GCGGCGGCGGCGGCGACGCGGCGGCACCUUCGCUUUUACCUCUUCUCUUCUCUUCUCGUCUCUUCACGUCUCAUAAAUUCUGCAUUUUACCAAUUCUGCAGCAUUCUACGAAGCGUUUAAUCAUAGUACAUUGAUGUUGUGACGUGUUAUAUAUAUUUUUUUAAACGAGGUAUAUUCGGCACAAAACGGGUGUUACGGUAGAGAAGACGGCGCGAAAAAAUAUCGCAGUAAGAGAAAAUGAUGCAGGAUGAAGACUUGGGUGGUUCAACUAGAAAAAAUAUUUUCAGUCAAGGGAUAAUAAAAAUAUCACAGAUAUAUCAAAGAUAUCUAGAUCUAUGGACUCCCCAUGUAAUAUCACGAUGGAUAUUGUCCCUAUUUCUAUUAGUACUUUUUAUUCUACGUAUAUUUAUCUCUCAAGGGUGGUAUAUUAUUACAUACGCACUAGGAAUUUAUCACCUAAAUUUGUUUAUAGCAUUCCUUACUCCAAAGAUUGAUCCAGCCAUGGAUUUUGAUGAUGGAGAAGGUCCAGAGUUACCUACCAGGUCAAAUGAGGAGUUUAAGCCGUUUAUCAGAAGAUUACCCGAAUUUAAAUUUUGGUACUCAGUAACAAAAUCUACGGUAGUUGCCAUGAUAUGCACGCUAUUCGAUUGUUUUAACAUACCAGUAUUCUGGCCGAUACUUGUUAUGUAUUUCAUAACAUUAUUUUGUAUCACAAUGAAGCGGCAAAUAAAGCAUAUGAUCAAGUAUAGAUAUCUACCAUUUACUCAUGGCAAACCAAAAUAUCAAAACCAUGAAGAUACCUCGCGGCUAAUAUCAUCAAAAUGAAUAGAAGCAAAGAAUAUAUUGAGCCUGUACAGGGGUGUAAGCAUAGAUUUUAAUUUCUCUUAGUACAGGGCGAGGCAAUACUAGUGAGAGAAGAGAAAAAAA